GCCAUCAGUAUGUCUUGGUGCCUAAAUACAGCAAGAAGGCUCACCAGCCUUCCUGUUAUGGGGAUGAGACUUGGUAUGGGCCGGCGCGGCCUGUACGUGCGCCAGCUACCGCCGCCGCCGGACGCCCAGCUGCCCGAGGUGGAGCCGGUGGAGGUGGACUGGCGCCACGUGGAGAGGCUGCUGCCCCGAGAGACGGUGCCGGUGCCGGCGGCCAAGUCACGCUACCCCUCCGGCUGGACCCCGCAGCAAGGCAGCUCGGAGCUGACGUACUCCGUACGGAGAUCGGUGAACCACAUGCUGCCGGUGUACCUGAAGAUCAGAAACGGCGUGAAGCGUAUCACCAUGGUCAGGAACGUCCGAGGCGACGUCUGGCUGUUUCACAACGAGCUGAAGCGGCACCUGGAGGCGGUCAAUGAGAAGUUUAUCGCCUCGCAAGUGAACGAGAUGGCUCAGUACGUGCAGUUCAAGGGCGAGUACGUGACCCAGGUCAAACAGUGGAUGCGAGAGCGGGGCUUGUAGCCGACGGAAGGCGCCCCAGCAGACGGCGUGUGCUCGACGUCUUGCGCGCGUUUCGGA